GCACCGGCCCCAGCUCCCGUGCAGACGCCCAGCAGCCGGCGCGCCGCCGCCCGGCCACCCCCAGCACCUUCUCCCCCAAGCCCUGCGCUCCUGCCCCAACUCACGCUGCCCUCGGACCCCAGCUGUCCCGUCGCGCUCAGCGCCCGAAGCUCGCCGGGCCGACGCCCAGGAGACCCCCUGCCUCGGCCGCGGCUCCUGGAGGGCCGAUCGCCCACCCGCCUGGGCCCGCCUUAGGACGGGGGCGCCUUCAUGCGGCCCGCACACCCCUCACCCCGCCGCCGCCUCCGAGCUCCACGCGCUGCGCCCCAGCCCCUGCAGGGCACGCAACUUUGGAAGUCCCGCGGCGCUCCGAGAGGCGGCAGAGUCUGCGCCCUGGCCCUAGCCCGGGCCUCGCCGACCCCGCAGCGUCUGGGGGAAGCGAGAGAGUCGGUAAUCGCUUCGGGGAUGUAAGGAGACCGACAUAGGACCCCAAGCCAGCAUCAGCACCCCUCGGCUGCCUCUCGGGGUGGGGGCGGGCCCCGCACACGGUAAGACCUCUUGCUUUCGCUCAGGCUCCAGAGUCAAAGAUAUAGAUAUAUUUAAUUUCCUGUUAUCCUUCCAAGUCAUCAGGCCACCGAUUAUUUUUGUUCUCUCUUCUUGAAGAAUAAAUCUCUCUUUCCUCAUCGGCUCGACCUACUAUUCUCUCCCGCCGCUUAGAAAUAAAACUUGGCGGUGCUUAGGAGCUGGGAGCGAGAAGGCGCCGACCCCGAGCGCUCGAAGCGCGGGCCGGGCGUGCUUCCCGGGAGCCGGGUCCAUGGGCCGUUAGCGGUCCCCCAGCUCGGGCUCGGCCUCCCAGAGGCCGCUUCUCCAUGUGAGGCGCGGCGGGGCGAGCGGGGCGCAGGAGGAAGAGGAGGCUCAACGGGCGCCGGCCGGAAGGCAGCUGGCAGCAGGCCCAGGCGAGCGGGCACCCGCGUUCAUGUUCCGCCAGGAGCAGGCGCUGGCCGAAGGCAGCUUCGCGCCCAUGGGCUCCCUGCAGCCGGACGCGAGCAACGCUAGCUGGAACGGGACCGAGGCCCCGGGGGGUGGCGCCCGGGCCACCCCCUACUCCCUGCAGGUGACGCUGACGCUGGUGUGCUUGGCCGGCCUGCUCAUGCUGUUCACGGUGUUCGGUAACGUGCUUGUCAUCAUUGCCGUGUUCACAAGCCGCGCGCUCAAGGCGCCCCAGAACCUCUUCCUGGUGUCUCUGGCCUCGGCCGACAUCCUGGUGGCCACGCUUGUCAUCCCUUUCUCGCUGGCCAACGAGGUCAUGGGCUACUGGUACUUCGGCAAGGCAUGGUGUGAGACCUACCUGGCGCUCGACGUGCUCUUCUGCACGUCGUCCAUCGUGCACCUGUGCGCCAUCAGCCUGGAUCGUUACUGGUCCAUCACCCAGGCCAUAGAGUACAACCUGAAGCGCACCCCACGCCGCAUCAAGGCCAUCAUCGUCACCGUGUGGGUCAUCUCGGCCGUCAUCUCCUUCCCGCCGCUCAUCUCCAUCGAGAAGAAAGGAGGCAGUGGUGGCCAGCAGCCGGCCGAACCGCGCUGCGAGAUCAACGACCAGAAGUGGUACGUCAUCUCAUCGUGCAUCGGCUCCUUCUUCGCGCCCUGCCUCAUCAUGAUCCUGGUCUACGUGCGCAUUUACCAGAUCGCCAAGCGCCGCACCCGCGUGCCGCCCAGUCGCAGGGGUCCUGAUGCCGCCGCCACGCUGCCGGGGGGCGCCAAGCGCAGACCCAACGGCUUGGGCCCGGAGCGCGGCGUGGGCCCCGUGGGCGCCGAGGCGGAGUCGCUGCCGGCCCAGCUCAACGGUGCCCCGAGGGAGCCCACGCCGGCAGGGCCGCGGGACGCCGACGCGCUGGACCUCGAGGAGAGCUCCUCGUCCGAGCACGCCGAGCGGCCCCCGGGGACCCUCAGGUCCGAGCGCGGCCCCCAGGCCAAGGGUAAGGCCCGGGCGAGCCAGGUGAAGCCCGGGGACAGCCUGCCGCGGCGCGGGCCAGGGGCGACGGGGCCGGGGGCACCCGCGGCCGGGCACGGGGAGGAGCGCGGCGGAGGCGCCAAGGCGUCGCGCUGGCGCGGGCGGCAAAACCGCGAGAAGCGCUUCACCUUCGUGCUGGCGGUGGUCAUCGGAGUGUUCGUGGCGUGCUGGUUCCCCUUCUUCUUCACCUACACGCUCACGGCCGUCGGCUGCUCGGUGCCGCGCACACUCUUCAAGUUCUUUUUCUGGUUCGGCUACUGCAACAGCUCGCUGAACCCGGUCAUCUACACCAUCUUCAAUCACGACUUCCGCCGCGCCUUCAAGAAGAUCCUUUGCCGGGGGGACAGGAAGCGGAUCGUGUGAGCGCGGAGUCCGCGCCCCGCGAACAGACUCGCGCCGACAGCGGCCGCUGGGAUCCAGGGGUGCGUCUACGCAGUCCCAGUACUCCGAAACCUGGGUCCUGCCUAUUCCGAGUUUCUUGGCCUGAAGGUUGCUCUGCGGCGCCCUGCCGGCAUCUGCACUCUCCUACCAGAGAAAAGUACUGGCUGGGGGUGGGUGGGGGACCUUAAGGGCACACGCCCCCCCCAAUUGUUCUUAGGGCCGCUCCUCACUCGGAGCCAUCUUCCUGGGUUCUUAGGCGGGCCCCCAAAUCAGUAUUGUUUCCUAAAAGUAUUUUCACCUCCCCUGGAUCCAGCUCUCACCGUGGUUCAGAGCAAGCAGGAGAGCUCAGAGGGGAUGGCUCUCAAAGGGUUAAUAGAUGGUGGCACCCAGCCCUGGCUCUCCUCCUCCCCGGACUCUAUUUUUAAACAAAAGCUCAGGGCAGCCCUGCCCGCCCUCCCAUCCCCCCCCCCCUUGUAAAUAUACACUAUUUUUGAUAGUACACGUUGUCCGCAAUGUCGCUUGGCUUUUGAUGUUGGCAUCCUGGCUGUUGGAGAUGCUCUCCAGGCAGACACAUUGUGGCUAGCUCAGGGCAAGCCUCUUUGCAAUGUGAGCCCUUUUCUGUUGUCAUUACCUCCCUCUGUGUCAUUUUCACCAGCAACUGGUGACUGUCCCUUGGGACUGGACCUGCUUUGAGAUUUCCUGAGGGGGAAAAGAUUUCUGUCCAUUUUUUCCCCUGUGCCUAACAGCAUGAUUGCCUUUUCCUAUGUAAAUAUUACAAUGAUGGACCAAGACAGAAGUAAAUGAACCUUUCUGCCUUGCAGCAGCCCUGUGUAUAAAGCCAUUAUCCUCUGAUGCAUCCUUCUUCGCCCCAGUACCUCACUUUAAAGCCUCCUCUUUCCAGUGUCCCCUCCCUCCUUUCCUUGGGGGCCACUGCUUGAAAAAUAUGUAUGUUUCCAUCUUGUAUGUAUGUGCACCCCUCCCUCCCCCAAAGUGCUGACUGUGGGGAAUCUUUUACCUGCUGUUUUUAGACACGGAGAAGUGGAAAUUAUGUGGAAGAAGCAAACCUGAUACAAUUUGCCCAAGGUAAACAGUCUGAAGAGACAAAUGGGCCUGCCAAACUGUACAGUUCCUGCCCCAAGAGCUCCUAGGUAUCAAAGUGUUGUCCAUUUUUUCCUCCCUGUUUUUUCUGGUUGAGAUCAAGUCAUUAAUGAACUCCCAAAGUCAAGGCAGGAGGGUGGAGACCUUGUUUACAUCCAAGUUUCCCCAUGUUUUAGACAGAGACUCUUUAAGGCCUGUGCUCUUAUUUCACUAAAGAAAAACUAAUGUCAGCACAUGUUGUUAAUGACAGUGGAAUUUUUUUUUAAAUAAAAACUUUACAGAUCAAAUGUGAAAUAAAUAUGAAUUAAAUGGU